CGGUGCAUGCAUGAGAGACGUCGCCGCGCUGGUCUGUGCCUCCGCCGCCAUCGCCAUGGAGGAGCCGCCGCCGUCGCCGCCGGGGAGGAGAGAGUGCAAAUCAAAAGAUGCUACUUGCAAGAUCUCUGAAUCUGACCCUGAGGAAUUAUCAGAUGAAGCAAGUGCUGACACUUUCUAUGGUGCUUCUCCCCCUAGUACACCCCGCCAGAUGAAGCGUAUGUCAACAAAGCAUCAGAAAAAUAAUGUCAGCAGACCUGCUGGCCGCUCCACUUUGAAAGAAAAGAUGAGUGUGCCAUCUCAGUCUUUGCAUAAAGACAGUGGGAAAACCAUUGAGAAUGUGGAGGAGCACAGCUACAAGCAAGGGAAAAAGAUCAGGGAUGCCCUAAGGACAACAGAACGAGAUCACAAAAAAAAUGUGCAGUGCUCAUUUAUGUUAGACUCAGUUGGUGGAUCUCUGCCAAAAAAAACAAUUCCAGAUGUUGAUCUCAAUAAGCCUUACCUCAGCCUUGGCUGUAGCCACGCUAAGCUUCCAGUCUCUGUGCCCAUGCCAAUACCCAGAACCACACGCCAGACUUCUAGGACUGAUUGCCCGGCAGACCGGUUAAAAUUCUUUGAAACCCUGCGGCUUUUGUUAAAACUUACCUCAGUCUCAAAGAAAAAGGACAGGGAACAAAGGGGACAGGAAAACACUUCCUCUGUCUGGUUGAACCGAUCCAAUGAACUGAUCUGGCUGGAGCUGCAAGCUUGGCAUGCCGGCCGGAGCAUUAAUGACCAAGACCUUUAUCUCUAUGCAGCCCGUCAAGCUAUCCCCGAUAUCAUCAAUGAAAUCCUCACCUUCAAAGUGGACUAUGGAAACUUCUCCUCUGGAAAAAAUGGAGCCAGUCUCAAUGGUACUUCAGGAGAAGGAGUUUGCAAAUCAACACAUGGAACUAGUGCUUUGGGUUACUCGAGUUACCAUGAGCACCUCCAUCGUCAGCGGGUCUCAUUUGAGCAGGUAAAGCGAAUAAUGGAACUGCUGGAGUACAUAGAAGCACUUUAUCCAUCUCUGCAGGCUCUUCAAAAGGACUACGAAAAGUAUGCUGCAAAGGACUUCCAAGACAGGGUGCAGGCACUCUGUCUAUGGCUAAAUAUUACAAAAGACUUAAACCAGAAACUAAGGAUUAUGGGAACUGUAUUGGGCAUCAAAAAUCUUUCUGACAUUGGCUGGCCAGUGUUUGAAAUUCCUUCUCCUCGACUGUCCAAGGACAGUGAUCCAGAUGAUGAAGACAUUGAUAGGGAAACAGAAAUAAAGGAGUCCUCAGGAACAUGCACAGAGGAGAGUGAUGGCGAAGAACAAAUCUCUGAGGAGAAUGUUGAGGAACUUAGACAAGCCAUCAAGAACAAUUUUACUAAUAAGCCAAAUUUUGACUUUCAGGACCAUUUUUCAAGGAGGCUUGAUAGGCUUGAAUCUGAGGAUGACUCUGCUUCCUGGGUUAUUCCAGAAUGCAGUGCUGAGGGAAGCUGCAACCAACACUGUUUGACCUCUAUUUACAGGCCGUUUGUUGAUAAAGCACUGAAGCAAAUGGGGUUGAGGAAACUAAUUUUAAGACUGCACAAGCUAAUGCAUGGUUCAUUGCAAAGGGCCCGUAUGGCGUUGGUAAGGAGUGAUCACCAGCUGGAGUUUUCAGAAUUUCCAGAUCCCAUGUUGUGUUCAGAUUAUGUGCAGUUACUAAAUUUCCCACCUUGUUGCGAGCAAAAAUGCAGUGCUGUAUCAUGGGAGGAGUUGAAAUCCAUGGAUUUGCCAUCUUUUGAACCUGCAUUCUUGGUUCUCUGCCGAGUCCUGCUCAAUGUUAUCCAUGAAUGUCUCAAGCUGAGGUUGGAACAAAGACCUGCUGGGGAACCAUCUCUUUUGAGUAUUAAACAGCUAGUGAGAGAAUGUAAAGAAGUUCUGAAGGGUGGACUCUUAAUGAAGCAAUAUUACCAGUUCAUGUUACGGGAAGUGUUAGAUGACUUGCAAAAGAUUGAUUGCAACAUUGAUUCUUUUGAAGAGGAUUUGCAUAAAAUGUUAAUGGUUUACUUUGAUUAUAUGCGAAGCUGGAUCCAAAUGCUGCAGCAGUUACCUCAAGCAUCUCAUAGUUUAAAAAAUCUGUUAGAGGAGGAAUGGAAUUUCACCAAAGAAAUAACUCCUUAUAUAAGAGGAGGUGAAGCUCAAGCUGGAAAACUGUUUUGUGAUAUUGCAGGAAUGCUGUUGAAAUCUACAGGAAUAUUUUUAGAUUCUGGACUACAAGACAGUUGUGAUGAAUUUUGGGCCAGUGCCGAUGACAGCACUGCAUCGGAUGGUUGUGAUGAAUUUUGGGCCAGUGCCGAUGACAGCACUGCAUCGGAUGAAAUCAGGAGGUCUGUUAUAGAGACCAGUCGAGCACUGAAAGAACUGUUCCAUGAAGCUAGAGAAAGGGCCUCCAAAGCUCUUGGUUUUGCUAAAAUGCUGAGGAAGGACCUUGAAAUAGCAGCAGAAUUUGCAUUGUCAGCCCCAGUGCGAGAUCUUCUGAAUGCUCUGAAAACAAAAGAUUAUGUGAAGGUACAAGUUCCUGGACUUGAGAGUUUGCAAGUAUUUGUGCCAGGUAGUAUUGCAGGGGAGAAGUCUGUGAUUUUGCAACUCCUCAAUGCAGCUGCUGGGAAGGAUUGCUCCAAGGAUUCAGAUGAGCUUACAUAUGAGGCCUACUUGCUAAUGACCAAACACAGUGACAAAGACCAUGAAUUAGACGACAGCUGGAGUGCAUGGGAGGGUCAGCCGGUCAAAGUAGUGCCACAAGUAGAAACUGCUGAUACGCUGCGCACCAUGCAGGUUGAUAACCUCCUCCUUGUAGUCAUUCAGUCUGCCCACCUUGUGAGUCAGAGAAAGGCUUUCCAGCAGUCUAUUGAAGGGCUCAUAUCUCUGCACCAGGAGCAGACAUCCAGCCAACCAAUCAUUGCCAAAGCUCUACAGCAGCUAAAGAACGAUGCAUUACAGCUAUGCAAUAAGAUAAGCAGUGCCAUUGAUAGAGUUGAUCACAUGUUCACAUCUGAGUUUGAUGCUGAAGUUGAUGAAUCUGAAUCUGCCACUUUGCAGCAAUACUACCGGGAAGCCAUGAUUCAGGGUUAUAAUUUUGGGUUUGAGUACCAUAAAGAAGUUGUUCGUCUGAUGUCUGGAGAAUUCAGGCAGAAAAUUGGAGACAAAUAUAUCAACUUUGCCAGAAAAUGGAUGAAUUAUGUGUUAACAAAAUGUGAGAGUGGCCGAGGCACUCGACCCAGAUGGGCAACUCAAGGUUUUGAUUUUCUUCAAGCCAUUGAGCCAGCGUUUAUUUCAGCUCUCCCAGAAGAUGACUUCUUGAGUUUACAAGCUCUGAUGAAUGAGUGCAUUGGCCAUGUUAUUGGAAAACCUCACAGUCCUGUUACAGGUUUGUACCUUGCUGUUCAUCGAAACAGUCCCCGUCCUGUAAAAGUGCCUCGGUGCCAUAGUGAUCCACCAAAUCCUCAUCUCAUCAUCCCCACGCCUGAAGGCUUCAGCACGCGGAGUGUCCCUUGCGAUGCGCGGAGCCAUGGCAGUGUUGCUGGGAGUCGCCCCGCUCCCGUCGGGAGCGACUCAGCCCAGCCCAAACCUCUCAGCAGUGCAAAUGAGACCAGGGGUUCCAGUGUCCCUGAAAAUGAUCGACUUGCUUCAAUAGCAGCUGAGUUGCAGUUCAGAUCCCUUAGUCGUCACUCCAGUCCCACUGAAGAGCGAGAAGAGCCGUUGUAUCCAAAAGGAGAUUCCAUUGGUUCAUCCCGGCGGAGCUGGGAGCUCAGAACGUUAAUCAACCAGACCAAAGACACUGCUUCCAAGCAAGCCCCGAUGGAAGCUGUUCAAAAGUCUGUUCAGUUGUUUGAAGAAAGGAGAUACAGAGAGAUGAGAAGGAAGAACAUCAUUGGCCAAGUUUGUGAUACACCGAAAUCUUACGAUAAUGUCAUGCAUGUAGGUUUGAGAAAAGUGACUUUCAAGUGGCAGAGAGGAAACAAAAUUGGUGAAGGCCAGUAUGGGAAGGUCUAUACCUGUAUCAGUGUUGACACCGGAGAGCUGAUGGCUAUGAAGGAAAUAAGGUUUCAACCUAAUGAUCACAAAACCAUCAAAGAAACAGCUGAUGAACUGAAGAUCUUUGAAGGCAUCAAACACCCUAAUCUGGUUCGUUAUUUUGGUGUGGAGCUCCACAGGGAAGAAAUGUACAUCUUCAUGGAGUACUGUGAUGAGGGCACUCUGGAGGAGGUAUCAAAACUGGGCCUUCAGGAGCAUGUCAUUAGACUGUACUCAAAGCAGAUCACGAUUGCUAUCAAUGUACUACACGAACAUGGUAUUGUUCAUCGAGACAUUAAAGGAGCCAACAUCUUUCUUACCUCAUCUGGACUGAUUAAACUAGGAGACUUUGGCUGCUCAGUGAAGUUGAAGAACAAUACCCAGACAAUGCCUGGAGAAGUGAACAGUACCUUGGGGACUGCAGCAUACAUGGCUCCAGAAGUAAUCACUAGAGCUAAAGGAGAAGGGCACGGACGUGCAGCAGACAUCUGGAGCCUGGGCUGUGUUGUCAUAGAGAUGGUCACAGGCAAGAGGCCUUGGCAUGAAUAUGAGCACAACUUCCAGAUCAUGUAUAAAGUGGGGAUGGGUCAUAAACCUCCUAUUCCUGACAAAGUGAGCCCAGAAGGGAAAGACUUCCUUUGCCACUGCCUGGAAAGUGACCCAAAGAUGAGGUGGACGGCCAGCCAGCUUCUCGAUCAUCCUUUUGUUAAGGUUUGCACAGAUGAAGAAUGAAGUUACUCAAUCUCUGGCCUUUUCUAGUCUGACAAGAUUUGAAUCACUGCUGUAUGUAAUAUUUACAUAAAGACUGUGCUGAGAAACAGUACAAAAGUUGACCUUAACGAAGACUGCACAAGUGACGGUGUCACUUCCUCUGCUGCUCCUGUACAUUUUACUCGGCACGUGUUGCUCACGUGACGUGUCCGCAAGUUGGAAGAAGCUGCAUGUUUCAGUGAAAGUGCCAUUACUACUGUAUAUGGACCAUACCCUUUUUGUUCCUUCUCCCGUUUCUCAUUUGACUGAGAACUUGUAUUGUUAAUAUGUAGUAUUUUUGAACUCUCUAGGUUCAGAAAAAUGCUGUAGUGUUAUCAGGCGUUUAUGGACCUUGUUUUUUAAUCCGUUUGAGUGCACUGACUGUGAACUUUUACUGGGGUUUUUGUUUAUUUGUUUUUGGCGAGCUUCGGAUUUGUUAUGCACAUAAGACUGCUAA